CGCUUGCUACGUUGACACUUACACGCAGUCUACGCCGUCGAAUUGUUUUGAAAAAUAUUUCAAAAACAGCAAGCACACAAACAAGUCUAAAAUAAAAGUUUUUUCUUGAAUUCUCAACAAAACCAAGCCAAUAGAAUUUACACAAAAUCAUGCCUUCGAAUAUAGACGCAAUGUUUUUUUAUUUCAUAAGAGUUAGGGACAGGCAUCCCACCAUUGAUAACGAUAUAAAAUCGAUUUUACGCCAAAGACGUUCGCCGAAAGAUGCAAUUUGUAUGGCUGACAUAAGAAAGCAAUACAAACAGCUGACGGGGGAUGCAUUUCCUAUGCGUUGUGGACCCCUGGGUUUGGGAGAAUUUCUUCUAACAAUUCCCUUUGUAGCGUGUUACUGUAACGAAAAUGGCACUCUUUUCUUCUACUCUGUGGAUCCAAAUUAGUGCAAUAGUAUUUAAAUUUUAGUACGAUAUACCUACAUAGAAAUAAUUGCAAUAAAUAGUCACACAUAUAUAGUUGGAAUUUUAGAAAAAAUAUAUACACACCUAAAUUGUAUUAA